UGGGUGACUUUAGUGUGCUCUCUUCCCACCUCCCCAGAUCAGCUUCUCCCAGGGGCAGCUGCAUCUCUGGGGAGGUGCCAGUGGCUUCAGGGUCACACCUCACAGUCUCAGGUCCCCGUCGGAGCCACCCUGAGUGACGGCGGCUGAGCGGGCGCCCGGAGAUCUGAGGGCCGAGUCUGCAAAGCGGGUGCUGCUGCCAUGCUCCAGGCAGCCCGGCUGGCAGAGCUGGAGCUGUCGCAGGUGAGGGGCCCCGCUGGCCUGGGUCGGCCUCUGUGAAGUGGGCACCUCCACCGGCCCCCGGGCAGUCUCCAUGGCCUUUUCUGAACUCCUGGACAGAGUGGGCGGCCUGGGCAGGUUCCAGGUCCUCCAGAUGGUGGUCCUGGUGGUCCCCAUCACGUGGCUCACCACUCAGAGCAUGGUGGAGAACUUCUCAGCCGCCGUGCCCAGCCACCGCUGCUGGGCACCCCUCCUGGACAACAGCACGGCCCAGGCCAGCGCGUCCGGAGCCCUGAACCCCCAGGCCCUCCUGGCCGUCUCCAUCCCACCCGGCCUCAACCAGGAGCCCCACCCGUGUCUCCGCUUCCGCCAGCCACAGUGGCAGCUCCUGGACCCCAAUGCCACGGCCACCAACUGGAGCGAGGCUGCCACGGAGCCGUGCGUGGACGGCUGGGUCUACGACCGCAGCGUAUUUACCUCCACCAUCGUGAUGGAGUGGGACCUGGUGUGUGACUCUCAGGCCCUGAAGCCCAUGGCCCAGUCUAUCUACCUGGCCGGGAUCCUGGUGGGAGCUGCUGUGUGCGGCCAAGCAUCCGACAGGUUUGGGCGCAGGCUGGUGCUGACCUGGAGCUACCUGCAGAUGGCCGCGUCAGGCACGGCCGCCGCCUUCGCCCCCACCUUCCCCGUGUACUGCCUCUUCCGCUUCCUGGUGGCCUUCGCCGUGGCGGGCGUCAUGAUGAACACCAUCACCCUCCGUAGGUCCUGCAACCUGGGCUGUGCAGGGGAGGCUCGUGCAGGGCCCUGGGCUGACCCCCCGGGUCUCUUUGCAGUGAUGGAGUGGACGUCAGUGCAAGCCCGAGCCUUGGCGAUGACUUUGAACUCCCUGGGCUUCAGCCUCGGGCAGGUCCUGAUGGCCGCGGUGGCUUACGGUGUGCGCGACUGGGCGCUGCUGCAGUUGACAAUCUCCGCCCCCUUCUUCCUCUGCUUCGUGUAUUCCUGGUGGCUGGCAGAGUCGGCUCGAUGGCUUCUCAUCACAGGCAGGCUGGAGUGGGGCCUGCGGGAGCUGCAGAGGGUGGCUGCCAUGAACAGGAAGAGGGCAGUGGGGGACACGCUGACCAUCGAGGUCUUGCUUUCGGCCAUGCAGGAGGAGCUGAGUGUGGGCCAGGCUCCCGCUACCCUGAGCACCCUGCUCUGCACACCCGGACUGGGCCUCCGGACCUGUGUCUCCACCCUGUGCUGGUUUGCCUUCGGGUUCACCUUCUACGGCCUGGCCCUGGACCUGCAGGCCCUGGGCAGCAACAUCUUCCUGCUCCAGGCCCUCAUCGGGGUUGUUGACAUCCCGGCCAAGAUCUGCACGCUGCUGCUCCUGAGCCGCCUGGGCCGGCGGCCCACGCAGGUGGCGUCCCUGGUGCUGGCGGGGCUCUGCAUCCUGGCCAACAUGCUGGUGCCCCAUGAGAUGGUGGCCCUGCGUUCAGCCCUGGCAGUACUGGGGAUCGGCGGGGUGGGGGCCGCCUUCACCUGCAUCACUGUCUACACUGGGGAGCUCUUCCCCACCGUGAUCAGGAUGACCGCGGUGGGCCUGGGCCAGAUGGCAGCCCGAGGGGGAGCCAUCCUGGGGCCCCUGGUCCGGCUGCUGGGCGUACACGGCGCCUCCCUGCCCCUGCUGGUAUACGGGGCGGUGCCGGUGCUGAUCGGCCUGGCUGCGCUGCUGCUGCCCGAGACCCAGAGCCUGCCGCUGCCCGACACCAUCCAUGACGUGCAGAGCCAGGCCGUAAAAAAGGCGACACGUGACACUCAAGGGCAUCUCGUCCUGAAAUGCACACGAUUUUAAGCCUCCUGUGAAGCCUGCCAAGGGACAUGGGAGGAAGCUCUUCUCCGAGGAAGGAGAGCAAAGGCCUUGACUUCCGACUUGACUUCCAGAGGGCCCGGGGCUGCCACUGCAGCCGAGCCAGCCUCCCCCUGCUAAGGAAGGAGCCACCUCCAACACAGAAGGAGCAAAGGAUGCUGUGACUGGCAGGAGGCUGCCGGGCGCCCAGCUCCUUCAAGGCUGCAGAGUGGAGCAGAGCCGGACUCUGUGCCUCCCUCACUGCUCGCUGCCCCCGAGCCUGAGCCCGAGGCCUGAGGUCAAAACCUCCCAGCUUCUCACCCCACCCGGAGGGCGCCGCCCAGCUCCUCAGCGUCACAAGAAAGAUGCCUCUGGCCCCUCCCACCUCUCACCACACUCCAGCCACGUGCCCACUCCCCUGCCAUCUCCGCAGCCGUGUCUUCUGCCCAGAAUGCCUCUGCCAUGGUCCGUCACUACCUGACAAACUCCCACACAGCCUCCCAGACCCAGGGCAAUGGCUUCGUUCUGGGGCCCCAGGCUCAGCCCCAGGUGCUCAUGCAAUUCGUAGCGGGGCCAUAGCCACAUCCCUGUCGCCCCACAACCCCCAGCCUAUGAGUUCCCAGAGGGUUGGGGUGGUCCUGCUCUGCGUGUCCCCAGCUCCCACGCAGAGCAGAGGGGCACUGGGCAAGAGAGAGAGUAAUAAAGGAACCGAGUCCAGU